AUGAUGCGGCUUUUAGGACUCAGGUGGCAGACAGAAGAUACGUCUGUUUUGCGGAUUGGAACCACAAAGAUUUUGAUGUCCUUAAGACUCAAUAUUUCGGUGGUGCUUAUAUUCAGCAUUCUUCCAAUCAUGGUUCAUCUGUUCCUUCUUCUCGGUACAAUCAACCUGCCAGUUAUCCAGUCGCGUCUUCUUCAUAUUCUCGAUAGCCUUCCGUUCAAGCCCCUUUUCGAAGAAAAGUUGCUCCUCAAGCAGGGCCUUCAUCUUCGAAGCCUCCUGUUGCUCCUGGGGUUCACUAUACUAGCGACUUUAAACACAAGAGUGGCCUUCCGAUUACUAGUGCGAAAGGUGUUAAACACGCAGAACAGUACUGCUUUGCGUUUAAUCACCCGGAUAAUUGUCCAUUUUCCGAAGCAGAUUGUAGCAGGCUACACUUUUGUAGUACUCUUCAGAGCGUUAUUUGCGGGGUUUUCAGUGGGACGGUCAAAAUCUGUCGGUUUUUCAGCAGCGCUAGAAUCUAGUCUGACAGCCGAGCCUUUUCCGGAUGCCCCUCCUUUGGAAGAAGACAUAGAUGCGGCAUUUGCUCUCAAGCGCUUUCAUUAUUUAUUUAAAGUGCACACUCCGUUUAAUGUCGACAAGAUGGAAGAAUUACUAAAAUUCCAUCCAAAUCAACCCUUCGUGAAAUCAGCAAUAAAAGGAUUGAGAGAAGGGUUCUGGCCUUCUUCGAAACUGCCAUCUAGUGAAAUCCAAUGUGAAGAGGAAAUUGCUAAAGGACGUUACUCCGAGGAAUUUUCGACAUUAUUGCCAGGAAUGAAGGUCAUUCCAUUACUGAUGACUUCAAAGAAAGACUCUAAUAAGAUGAGGGUCUGUUCUAAUAUGAGUUUUGGAAAGUCUGGAAAAUCACCAAACGACUUAAUUGAUAAAGAUAGGAUUAAAGUUUCCUAUGAUUCUCUUCAAUCGUGGAUGCCGUUCUUAAUCGAGCUCAAGAAAAAACACGGGAACGUCACCAUUUUCAAAUCCGAUGUCGAAGGUGCUUUUAGGACAUUAUCGGCUCAUCUUCAGUACCAGAUUCGCCAAAUCUUACGAAUCAAAGAUAAAUUCAGAGUGGAUCAUAACCUCACCUUCGGUUCUUCGGCUUCUCCACACAUUUGGUGUGGGGUCUUCUCUUUAGUUCUCUGGAUAGCGGCAGAAGUUUUUCAUAUUAAACACAUCAACUGCAUGAUGGACGACAUCUGGUCUGCUGCUGCAGCUGACGACUGGGUCACUUUCAAGGACCAUCGGAUUCCGGGUCCUCAGGCGAAACUACUUAUGGUAUUCGAUAUCCUGGGGGUUCCUUGGGUUUGGAAAAAACAAGUUCACGGUUCGGUAUUAGAAAUCAUUGGUCAUAUCGUGGAUUCGAAUAAAAUGAGUGUUUAUCUGGAAGCCGACAAAAAGCUUUUGAUGGUUAAUCGGAUAAAGGAAUUCGUAUCUAUUCCUGAUCAUACACUCAGAGACUGGCAAUCGUUGCAGGGCUGGAUAUCUUGGGGCUUUAAUUCAAUGCCCUUAGGUAGAUUCGCAUUGCAGAGUCUAUACGAAAAAACCGGUGGAAAAACGGAACGGUUCCUUAAAAUUCAUCUAAAUAAGGAGAAUCAGGAGGAUCUUCGCUGGUUGAUCAAGUAUUUCGAAUCAAGCAACGGUGUCCUGGUCCUGAAAUCAUCGACCUGGUCUGCUCCUCAAGCAGACUCUCUCUUUUUUGUUGAUGCUUGUCCAACCGGGAUUGGUGUUUGGGAACCAGAAACAAGAAAGGCUUAUUAUCAUAAGCUUCCGUUACCCUCUCGUCAUAUAUUUUGGGCUGAACUCUUGGCGGUUAUGGCAGCCAUUGAUCUGGGCAUUAAUGCUGGUUCAGGGAGAAUUUAUGUUCAUACUGACAACAAGAACGUCUUUCAUCUGUUUAAUUCUCAUCGACCUAAUCAACUCAUCCGGCCUCUUUUUAGUUAUAUCGUUCAGCGCAUGGUAGAAUGUCAGGUGGAGGUUAAAGUGUCUCAUAUCGCAGGACUUACCAAUACUUGUGCCGAUAUGUUAUCACAUACUUUACUUGACGCUGUUAAAAAGAAGUUCUAUCCUCGCUCGAUCUCGACUUUAGUUAUUGAUCCUAUCCUUGGUGCAGGUGGCAUUGAGAUAAAUCUCGAAUAUUUCAAUAAUCCAGCUUUAAAAUGGCGCCGAGAAGCCUAA